CUCUACUGUGAGGGCAGUAUUUAACACAGCGCAGCCUGCUGCUCUAUAAUCAUUUUAACAGUAGACUAGCUUAUAAAGAAAGCAGGAGGGAGAAGUGUUGAUUUWAAAAAARGGACAGAAAGCGGUGUUAGAAAACCUUCCUUAGUUUAGGAUUGGAGAAGAAAAAUAUGAAGCUGAUUUUCCUUUUGCUGCUUCUAGCCGGCUCAACAUCUUCAUUCCAUCUGGACCUCUCGGGUAGACAGGCCACCCUGCCCCCUGAGGCUCUCACCACAGAAGCAAGCCCAACUGAAGCUAAAUCUCGCUUUGCCAUGCUGGAUGAUGUCCGCCUUCUGGCAAACGGCCUCCUCCAACUCGGCCAGAGUUUACGGGAGUUCGUCCACAAAACCAAAGCCCAGAUCAACGACAUUUUCCAAAAGCUGAACAUUUUCGAUCGCUCUUUUUACCAGCUUUCGGUGGUCACCUCAGAAAUCAAGGAGGAAGAGGAGGAGCUCAAGAAGACCACCAACAUCUUGAAGGCCAACAACGACGAGAUCAGAAAUUUGUCUUUGGAAAUCAACUCUAAAAUCAACAACAUCAUGCAGGAGCGAACACAACUGCAGAGCCAGGUGGGAAGCCUUGAGGAGAGGCUGAAAGGAUUAUCGCAGAGCGUGGUUCCCGCCGACCAACUCAGUGAAAUCACAACACUCAAGGARGUGAUAGAAGCUCAAGAGAAAACAAUCAGCAACCUUCUGCAAGCAGUGAAAGAGCAGCAUGAACAACUGGACCACCAGAAAGUCAAGAUUAAAAACCUGGAGGACAAGCUCAGCUAUGACAAUUUUCAAGAUACUACAGAUAAGUUGGUGGAUUCUGACCAUUCAGCUGCUAUGUUUGAAUAUCUUCCAAGAAACUCAACGGGCUUAGAUACAAAUGACCUUCCUGUGGACUGCAGCGAGUUAUCUAACAAAGGAGAGACAAACAGUGGAAUCUAUGCCAUCAAACCAAACCAUUCAGAGCCAUUCUAUGUUUACUGUGAAAUGGGCUCAGAUGGGGCUUCAAUUGUCCUUCAGCGCAGGACCGAUAGCUCAUUAGAUUUUGACCAAACAUGGGAAAUGUACGAAAAAGGUUUUGGAGAUCUGGAAAAGGACUUCUGGCUGGGCCUGAAGAAAAUCCACAGUAUCACCCAACUCAGAGCUUACAUCCUACGUAUUGAUGUGGAAGACUGGAAGGAGGAGAAGCAUUGGGCUGAGUACAGCUUUUUAGUGGAAGGUCCCUCCAAGGACUACACCCUUCACAUUAGCCACAUUGAGGGUGACUUACCAGAUGUCAUGACCAACAUAACCGGCGCAAAGUUCUCCACAAAAGACAGGAACAACAACUUCUGCAGCUCGGACUGCGCUCGCAGUUGCACAGGUGGCUGGUGGUUCAACGUCUGCAGCGAAACCAACCUAAAUGGAAAAUACUUCUGGCUGAGAGCAAAGGGACGCUCUGCGAGGAGGAAGGGCAUUCAAUGGAAGCCUGGCACAGGGUCUUUGUAUUCCUUCAAGAUGACCAAACUCAGCUUACAAACAGCCUCAGCAACUGAUAACGCCAACUGACCACCACAACUCUCACAUUCUCAGACAGUAUUACUGGUAUUUAUCCUAAUACAGCAACAUUUAAAUCCGAUGAAAGGUUCAAAAGAAAGGGYAGUGAAAUGACAUUUAACUGCAGCUAGAAGCUGAUUGCAUUCUAAAAUUCUGUCAUCUGGCCAAAUAUGUCAGAAGUUGGACUGACAGAGGUGUCGUAAUGGUGCAUCCAUGGCAUUUAGGUUGUUAACCUAUUGGGUCUGAUCUAGCAGGGACAGCAGAACUAUUGUUAUGCAACAUCUGCAAUCAGCAGCGAAUUGGACAUAUUGAUCUACAUUGCAACCUAAUUACACUAUGGCUGCAAAAUUUUACAACGUUAAAGCAGAACAGAAAGAUUGAAAACUUAAACAUUUAGAUUAGGUAAUCAAAAUACAUUUAGUAGCUUCUCAGUCAAGCAAGCUAUACAUUGUCUGUUUUYGCUCUGUGACGUGAAAGUGUGAUGCAUGUCUCCUGAAGCUAAAGAAACAUUUACUAAGCAGUAAUUGCAUAACACAUGCAAAAUAUAUUACAAGCUUAGAUAGAAACAGUAUUAUUUCCAGACCAACAAAAGCAUCUAUGAUGUGUAUGUUUUUCCUGUUUAGGGCUUGUAGUCUUUUGUUCUUAUACUUAUUUCCAGAAUUAAGUACAGCGCUAGAAAAAAACCUGUCUACAAAGUAGUAGUAAUACAAACUUUAGCMGUGCACUGAUGAACUCUUGCUCUUUUUUCGAUAUUAUUAUUCUGUAAAGUAUUUAAACUAAUAUUCAUGCAAUUUUGAUUUAUGCUGGUAUUGUUGGACAAUUGUUGUCUUUAUGUUUCUGUUGUUACUGAGUCAUAUUGACUCUAGUCAUUGGUACAGCACAGCUAACUGUUUCUUUAAUGUGCCUCACACUAAAAGUCAUUCUCACAAGAAGCUGUGUGUGCUACCAAAUCAUAUUUAUGAAAAAUAAUAAUAAAUCAAUGUAUCCAAAUAACUAUCCAAGACAACCAAGUUAUUGGUACUGAAUUUUGUAUUAUGUUAACCUUUGUAAUGAAACUAAUAAAUGUUCAAAAUUAUUAAAUAGAAACAAAACUUGAAA